AUGGAAGACGUGGCCAAGUGCAGUCGCAGCUCGCCGCCCGUGCCGGUGGAAGCCAGUGUCGUGAGCGACACGACCACGAGCAGCAGCGACCGCUCGCGCUCUAGUUCCUGCAGCAGCUCGGACUCGAGUGCGGACGCUCUGGACGACGACUAUGGCGCCCACGCGCUGGUGCUGUCGUCGUCGUCAGAAGACGACGAAGAGGAAGACGAAGAAGACGAAGAAGAGGACGAAGACAAGGACACGGGCUCUUGUGCCAGUGCAUUGCUGGUCAAGCCCAUGACAAUGAGACUGCAGGUGUGUCCUGUCGACGACUUGGCCGUCGAGGACGAAAAACGACGGCGACGGUCGCGGCGGCAGCGCAAGAGCAAGCAGACGCACGGCAAGAAGGUGCUGCUCAGCCGCGACACGAGCAGUCUCUCGUCCAUGCCGAGUCCGAUGCUGAGCCGCCCGCGUCGCCGUGGCAGCUCGCCAGCGCUCUUGGCCCCAGCGAUGACUCCAAGCAGCACGUUGUCAUCGUUGUCUGUGGGUGACAAUGGUCCGGAGAGCACUCGAGACAAUGGACGUGCGUCAGCAGAGGCACGACUGCCAUCACAACCAUCAUCAUCAUCUGCAUCAUCAUCUGCUUCACCAGCGGUAGUCGAAGGUCCAUCUUCUGCUUUGGAAACGGCAGUGCGUGCUCCGGCCGUCCCUUUGCUGCGUCGAAGGGACUCGGGCGCGAUUCGUCGUCAGUACUGGAGCCAGUUGGGGUUUAGCUUGUCCCGCAGCGACUUGGAAAAGAGCACGGGCCGGAAGAAGGAGCGCCGCGACGGCCUCAAAGUGCGGCUCAAUGACGUGGAGUGCAAGAACGACCAAGAUGCCAAAGGCGGGUUUUUCCAGUUUAUCGCGAGCUGGUACGCACCCGCGACCGCAGCGAGCAAUGACAACCGGAGCUCGCGGAAAGAGAAGAGCCGGUCGCGGAGCGCGAGGCAAUUGCGGCCGUCGCUGUCACGGCAUUCCAUGUCGAGCGUCGGCGACUUGAGCGAGACGUCUACGCGGCAAAAGGGCGUGCAGUUCAACCAAGAGGCCGAGCUGUUUUACAUUCCGCUGCACCGGGACUACUCGAAGCGACAGCGCGACUGCAUGUGGCCCACCCGUGCCGAGUUUAUCGCCAUGGUCGAGCGCAACCUCGACGCCGUGUACGACGAGAUGGAGCGCGAGUACGAGAUGCAGCUCGAGAGUGAGCUCUUGGAGAACGAAGGCAUGGCGCGUGAGGAGGCUCGACAGCGCACGGUCGAGUCACAGCAGCAGCGGCAGCAGAUGGAGUCGGCCGCUACGGCGUCGGAAGGCAGUGUCUCGCCAGGCGCGCGAAGUCGCAGUUCGAGCGCGACGUCAUCAUCGGCGAUGCCAAUGCUCUCGUUGUCGCAGAAACACGUACUCGUGUCUCCUCGCGCGCGUUCGUCGCACGAUUUGCGCUUUAAGUAUUUGAAGCACCUUGGCAUUCAUAGUUAG